AUGCUGCCCUUCGGCAUCAAUGCCGCCAUAUUGAAGUCCCGACUUGACAAUGGGGUAGCAGAUAAACCACCAAUGGGAUGGAACACCUAUAACCACUACUCUUGUUCCCCAAACGAGACAAUUGUCCGCUCAAACGCGAAAGCCUUGGUUGAUCUCGGCUUGGAAAAACUUGGCUACCGCUACGUGACAACGGAUUGCGGAUGGACUGUCGCCGAUCGCCUAGCAAAUGGAUCAUUAACUUGGAACGAAACGCUGUUUCCAAGUGGAUUCCCUGCGCUUGGGGAGUAUAUCCAUGAUUUGGGGUUGUUGUUUGGUGUUUAUGAGGACGCGGGUAUCAAGACUUGCAAUACGGGAAUUGAUCAGGCGGGCAGUCUGGAUCACGAGAAGCAAGAUGCUGCGACUUUCAUAUCCUGGAAUGUCGACUCGCUGAAAUAUGACAACUGCUAUUCCGACGAAACCACUGGAUACCCCAACACGAAUUAUGCGCCGACUGUCUCACCACGGCUCCGUUACACAAACAUGUCCGACGCAUUAGCAGCCCAGAGCCGCAAAGUCCUAUUCCAAAUCUGCGAAUGGGGCCUCGACUUUCCCGCACUCUGGGCCCCAUCACUAGGCCAUACAUGGCGUAUCGGCAACGACAUCAUUCCGGCAUGGCGAAGUAUCUUCCGAACACUCAACCAAGCAGUACCGCAGACAUCAUUCGCAGGGCGUGGCCAAUGGCCCGACCUCGACAUGUUGGAAGUCGGCAACAGCAUUUUCACAACGCCCGAGGAGCAAACUCACUUCUCAAUGUGGGCUAUUCUGAAAAGCCCGCUUGUGAUUGGAGCUGCAUUGAAGGAUGAUUUGACUGAGAUUAGCGAGGCGUCUCUUUCCAUUCUAUCGAAUAAGGAUGUCAUUGCCUUUAAUCAGGAUUCUCUGGGUCAGAGUGCCAGUCUUCGGCGUCGUUGGACUGAGCAGGAAUAUGAGGUUUGGAGCGGACCAUUGUCUGAAGGCAGAACUGUUGUGGCCUUAAUUAACUGGGCUGAUGAAGCGCGGAAUUUGACUUUGAAUCUCCCAGAUGUCGGUCUUCAGUCUGCAGGCACUGUCAAGAAUAUCUGGAAAGGUAAGACUAGCAGCAAUGUGAAAACGUCCUACACGAGCUCUGUUGAAGCUCACGGUGUGAUGCUCCUGGAGCUGGGGGAUACAAAUCAAGCGGGCGUGUACUCGAGCAAGAAAUUCGGAGCUCAGAAAGGGAACGAGCUUACGUUCGAUUCGAUCUACGCAAAUACGACAAGCGCCAAUCAUAGCAUCUCUAUCGUGUUCUCUAAAGCAGCAACUGCGACUGGAAGCCUUCAAGUACAGUCAUCUUCGGGUUCAAAGUCAAUCAAAAUCCCAGUUGCCGAAUCCGCUGAAAGCGUCACUUCCACCAUAUCUCUGGUGUCAGGAUCAUCGAACAAGAUUACAAUUCAAUCCACAGUCUCAAUCGAUUCCAUUCGUAUCGAAGCUCUAUCGAGCUUCUACUAUCCUUGCACUUCAUUCACUUUGAGCGGUUCCGCAGCAUUUGCGACAUGCGAUAAUGGCUUUUGUCUUCCAGUGGGGUCCAAAAUUGGAUACCUCGACGCCAAGUCUACUGCCAGUGCCACGAUUCAAGCAACUGUAUCCACCGCCAGUACAGUGUUGAAGUAUAUCGAAGUCGACUUCAUCAACAAUGACAUUGCUCUGGCGACAAGUUGGGGCUUUGGAUCGAACUCGAGAAACAUGACAAUCACGCUGAACGGUGGAGAUCCAGUUCGGCUUGAGGUUCCUUUAACUGGUCGCCACAGUGAGCUGUUUGGACCGGGGUUGGGUUGGUGGGAUAGUUCGACACUCGGUAUCGUGAUUGACGGUUGGAAGGAUGGUAAUAAUGCAGUGGUGAUUGGAAGUGAGGUCGCUGGUGAUGUGUCCCAGUCUUAUGGUGCAGACUUCGUUGGUCUUCGGCUGUAUAACUGA